AUGCCCUCUUCUGUGUUGCAACCGCUGCCCCUUCAAGAAAGCAUCCAUCAUUUCCCCGUCAUGACAUCAAUCGGUACGGGUUAUGAUUUAUCCAACUCCGUCUUUAGCCCCGAUGGAAGAAAUUUUCAAGUAGAAUAUGCCACAAAAGCUGUGGAAAACGGUGGAACAGCUAUUGGAAUCCGUUGCAAAGAUGGUGUCGUCCUGGCUGUCGAGAAAUUAAUCGGGAGCAAAUUGUUGGUUCUAGGAAGCAACAAGAGGAUCGCUAGUGUUGAUAGCCAUAUCGGGAUUGCUUGUUCUGGUCUUAUUCCGGAUGCUCGUCAUUUUACCUCUCGUGCCCGCAGCGAAGCAUCCAACUGGCGCAAGCUUUACCGUAGUCCGAUCCCGAUCUCUAGCAUGGCAGACGCAAUGGGUGGUUAUGCCCAAGCAUAUACUCUUUACUCUAGUGUGAGACCGUUUGGUGUCACUGCAAUCAUUGGUGGUAUGGAUGAAGCUGGGGGGCCAGGAUUGUGGAUGGUAGAGCCGAGCGGUGUUGGCUGGGGCUACUUUGGAGCCGCAACCGGUCGAGGCCGUCAAGCUGCUAAGGCUGAGUUGGAGAAGUUGCCCCUUCCCAACAUCACUGUUGAGGAAGCUGUUAGACAGGCUGCUAGAAUCAUCUACUUUGCUCACGACGAUAACUCAAAAGACAAGGAUUUCGAGUUGGAGAUGACAUGGGUUAGACUCGAGAAGGGCUCUGCCGAGGACGCCGCCGUCAAAGGAUGGGGAAAACAUGAGGAGGUCCCAAAGGAGCUAGUUGCCGAGGCUGAGAGAUUGGCUAAAGAGAGCAUGGAGGGAGGCGGGGAUGAGGAGAUGGAGGAGUAGGGUAGGAUACAUUGCGUCUCGCAUACUUCUACCAAAGACCCUUUAGAGUAAAAAACUGGCGAUGCUAGCCCAACCAAAAUUCGGAUGUUUUCCGGCAAUUGAGAAGUGAUUGUCAAUCCGGGAUCGAACCAGCUUACCGGGGGAGGGGGGGUCUGGGGAGAGCACACGGGUUUUUGUUUUUGUCUUGUUUUUGUCAAAUUUUCGACUAUUUAAGGGUACAGCUUCUAUAUAGAACCACUAGGUUAUGACAUAAGA